CGAAUCGAAUCUGCAUUCUGCAGCAACUGUUUCUUGAAGCUAUUCAGAACGGAACCAUGGAAGGCUUCUACAGGUUGGUCUCUUAUUUCCAGACCCAAUCGGAACCCGCCUACUGCGGCCUUGCAAGCUUAUCCAUGGUCUUAAAUGCUCUUGCCAUUGAUCCUGGUCGCAAAUGGAAAGGUCCUUGGAGAUGGUUUGAUGAAUCUAUGUUAGACUGUUGUGAGCCUCUUGAAAAGGUCAAAGUUAAAGGCAUCUCCUUUGGGAAGCUCGUGUGCUUGGCUCAUUGUGCUGGAGCAAAAGUUGAAGCCUUUCAUGCUAGCCAGAGCAGCAUCGAUGCUUUCCGUGAAUAUGUCAUGAAUUGUUCAGCUUCUGAUGAAUGUCAUGUCAUCUCUUCGUACCACAGGGCUGCUCUCAAACAAACUGGAACUGGUCAUUUUUCACCUAUUGGAGGCUAUCAUGCUGGGAAGGACAUGGCGCUUAUUUUGGAUGUUGCACGAUUUAAGUAUCCCCCUCAUUGGGUUCCACUUUCACUUCUUUGGGAAGGCAUGAACUAUGUUGACGAAUCCACUGGACAAACUAGGGGGUUCAUGCUUAUAUCAAGGCCACAUAGGGAACCUGGCAUGCUUUAUACUCUGAGCUGCAAACAUGAGAGUUGGAUUAGUAUUGCAAAAUUCCUAAUGGAUGAUGUUCCUCUUCUAUUAAAAUCAGAGGAUGUGAAAGACAUUCAAAUGGUUCUUUCAAUAAUAGUCACAUCACUUCCAUCUAAAUUUGAGGAAUUUAUCAAAUGGAUUGCGGAGAUCAGGAGGCGAGAAGAUGGUGGUCCAAGUUUAAGCCCAGAGGAGAAAGCAAGGCUUGGUGUUAAGGAAGAGGUAUUGAAACAAGUGCAGGAGACAGGGCUUUUCAAACAUGUGAUUCGCUUUAUGUCAACUUCUUGCAGCAUACAUUCACCCACUUCAGGUGAUGGAGACACCUUACCUGACAUUGCUGCAAAUGUUUGUUGCCAAGGAGCAGAAAUUUUAGGUGGGAAAAUUAGCUCAUCGGCGGAGUAUUGCUGUCAUGAAACAUGCUUGAAAUGCUGCAAAGCUGAAGAUGAAAAACCAGUAACAAUGGUUUGUGGGACUGUGGUAAAUGGCAACAGUGAGCAAGGGGUUGAUGUGCUGAUUCCUUCUACUAGAAAAUCAUGUUGCACUUGCUCUAGCCUAAGUAAUUCCAUUAGGAUGCACCCAGCUAGCACAGAUGUGCUAACUGUGCUUUUACUGUCCUUACCAUCUACGACAUGGUCUGAUAUCAAAGAUGAGCGGCUCUUGAGGGAAAUAAAUAGCCUGGUUUCAGUUGAAAAUCUUCCUACUUUGCUUCAAGAAGAGGUUCUGCACUUAAGACGUCAGCUACAUCUUCUGAAGAAAUGUCAAGAGGAUAAGGUAGAUGAGGAUCUCCAUGCGCCUUUCUCUUAGAUUCUCUCUCAUUUCGGUCAUCCUGGUCAACCCACGUUGAAUAGUAUAGAAUUACUGAAAUUGGUGACUAUCCGCUGAAGAAAUUUUGGUACAUAAUUGCAAUUGCAGCAGGUUUUUAUUUUUUAAAUUGUUUUGUAGGACAUGCUAGUGCUACUGAAGACGCUAGAGCAUUUAGUAAUUUACAACUUAGCUGUGAUUUUUUUUCGAUAUUUUAACUAUUCAUACAAAUUUCAAGGAAGAGAAAUCAUCCGGUGAUAGAUUUUGUUGAACGAUUAUAGGAGAUCCAUUUUUGUAUAUUCUAAUAUUCAUUGGUUGUCAAAUUACAUUGUUAUAGCAAGUAGCUAUUCUAUUCAGAAUAUGUUUACCAUUUCACA